UAACUAACUAGCAACCCCCCUCCUUAUUUCCAACGCAGAGUCACAAGCCCCAGUACUCACAGCCCCAUGCAGCUCUGGGCAGCAGUGAUACCGGGUCCAACUCUGGCCUGUCCUUCUCGGGCAAUUCCUCCCUGGCAGUGCUCCUCCUGGCUCCUGUCCUGGGGUGUCCCCGAUUGGCCGCCCUGUCCUUCCUGGGCUUCAGGCCGGUUCUCUCCCGUUCACUUUGCCCAGGGCCUCCCUGCUGCAGGCCUUCUCUCCCCUGGCUCCAGAGCCACACCCCCAAGUUUCCCUCCUUUCUCUCACUGCUCCCCCUCCCCAAAAGGAAAAAGAUUUAAAGGGGCCAUGCUCUCUAAACCCCAAGGGGUUACACAUACAACUCAGAAAAAAAUGAAGUAUUGCAUUUUCCCAUUGUGGCACUUUCAGUCCUAAUGUAGUUUGUGUGUGUGUGUGUACAAACACACACAAAAUUAUAAAUUAGUCCUAUAAAACUUCAUAUAUCUGAGCUACAAAAUAAAAUUUUGCUCCUUUCAUUUUAGGAAAAACUUCACAAAUUAUCUUUUUCUUAUCUCAUUCGAUGGCGCAUACACAUAUAUAAAUAACUGAAGUAACUACCAGAUGUCUUUUCACAUUUUUUCCCAAAACCACACUGAUAAACAGCGAACAAGGAGUGAGCACAGAGCUGUGCUCAUUUCUAACUAAUCAUUUCCAAAAGUAGUACAAUAAGGAUACACCAAAAUCAUGAAGAGCCACUUAAUAGGAAUUCUUUUGAGCGUCUGGAUUGCAGUCUCACCUGCUUUGUAUUUUCAUUCAGGGGAAAGAGAGGAGAAAUGCAUAAUAGAAGACAUUCCAAGUGAUACCUUGAUUACUGGUAGUUACAAGGUACAGCAGUGGGACAUACAUGAACAUAGGUUUCUUGAAUCUGCUCCUGGUUUGGGAAUGUUUGUGACCAUUACAACUCCUACUAAGGAGCUACUGUUGUCAAAAUUGUAUGGUCCACAAGGAACAUUCUCUUUUACGUCACACUUACCUGGGGAGCAUAAUAUCUGUUUGCAGUCUAACUCCACAAAGCUUAUCUCAUUUGGAGGAAGUAAACUGCGUAUCCACUUGGACAUUAGAGUUGGAGAGCAUUUUCUUGAUGAAGCUAUCGCUCAAGCCAAGGACAAAGUUAAUGAAGUUAACUUUAGACUCGGACAUCUAAUUGAGCAAAUUCAUCACAUAUCCAAAGAACAAAACUAUCACAGAGAACGUGAGGAGUACUUUCGAUUGACAAGUGAAGAAACCAACAGCAAUAUCCUGUGGUGGGCUCUUGCACAAACAUUAAUCCUUAUGUUAGUUGGAAUCUGGCAAAUGAAAUGUCUUAAAGAUUUCUUUAUAGCUAAAAAGCUUGUUUAAGACUGAUAGAAGUGAAUACACUUCUAAAUUAUUCAACAUAUAAUGCAUAAUGUCUACAUUAAUAAAGCACAAAAUGCAAAAA